UGAAACCAUCGCACUUGUACUUCUCUUCUACAGGAGUUCAUUAACUUCGUUUUGAGAUCCCCAAACGUUCCCCUCUCUCUCUCUCUCUCUCUCUCUCUCUCUCUCUCCCUCCAUAAAUUAUGUUGUGGGAGCUUGUGUCCAUGCAUGUGGCAAAGCUCAAGGAACUUGAGUUCUAAAGUUUCUUCACUGAUUAAAAAAGGUACUUUAUUCAAUCAUUUAAUUUAUCCAUGGACGAUUCCUGUACGAUUGUAUGUCACUUCCUAGUCAUUUAAUUGACUACAAUUUGUUUUUCUUGCGUGACAGAAUGCAUGAGAUGUAUCCAAGUUCAUUAAUAUGGUUUGUUAGACUUUCUCUCACAUUGCUCGCGAAUUGGUUUCAGAUUGGAAUCCUCUAAAUAAUCUAAAUAGUAUCAGAGCUAGGUCUUAGAUGGCUUCACCUCACGUGGUCUAGUCUCCAUCACCCAAGUCAAAUCUAUUGGUCUCCUCAAUUUGUACCUCCAAGUACAUCCGGGCUGCACAUGAGGGGAGUGUUAAAUUUUAUCACAUAUUGUUUAUCUAAGCCACCCAAGCUUGGUUAAUAUAUACUUAAGGCUAUUUGCCAAUUAGUUUUAGGUUGGAAUCCUCCAAGAAAUCUAACAGCUUGCUCAUAAAAUUUUAUAGAAAAUGGAGGAAAAAAAGUUUUAGGGCUUAAUGAUCUUUUGUUGAUGAUUAUUUUCUUCUAGAUAGUAACUUUGUAGUAAUUGGAUUAGUAGAGGCCGUCGCUACCAACUCUUGUAGGGCUAGUCCACAGGGGGCUUAAUUUGUUCUGCUUUAAAUUUCCCCCGCUAGUAGACCGUAGGAUUAGUCUCCAGAAUUAGUCGUGGUGGCAUAGGCUGGCCAGACAUCUAGUUAUAAAAAAAAUAUAUGAAUUUGAUAGGAUGAAAAGGUCCAUGGAAUCACUUCAGAAAGAGAACUUUUAUUGGAGGGAUUUUAAAAUUUCAAAGGACAGUUGAAAGACUUGGUUUGAACUUAAAUCUUGGAGAAAUCCUGCACAUUGAUCGGCUCAUGAAUGUUGUUUGAUCAUGUGUUAGGUGUAAAAACAUUGAUUUCAUGUGAUACCUAAAUGGCUAGAAAUAUAAAAGGGAGUUUAGUUGAAGGUUGGAAGAGUUUCAAGUUCUUCUUUCAGUUGGUAAGCUCUCCUUUUCAUGGGUUACCUUUUGUUCCUUAUCAUGUUGUAGCCCUAUUUACUCAAAUGUAGAUUAAUUACUUGGACUUGCUUUUUAAUUGAGUUUGGCCCCAGCUCUAUUGUUGCCAUUUGCAGUUUUAUUUCCUCAAUGGUACUUGAGUAUUCCUCUUCAUUUUCUUUGACUUUAGAGGUUGAAAGGCUGUAGCAAGGCAGCAUUCAUUGUCUAAUGAUGAGUGGGUAUUGAUGUUUAGUUUUGUAUCCGCAUUUGAGCUCUUAUUCUUAGGCUGUGAUUGGACCAUGCAUAUGUAGACCAAAAGAUAGAGGUACACGGAAUGAUACUUUUUGGAUGACAUCUGAUCUAGACGGUAUGCUAUUUUCUUUCAUUCCGUACUUUCCUGAAGUGGAAAUACUUUGGAAUUUUAGUCUAAUCUUUGUUUCUUUCUGUGGUGUGCUCAUUUCUUUCCUCCAUUGCUAGAUUAUUGUUUCUUUGUUCAAAUAAUAUCUGUAAUUUUGUUCUUUUUUGUCAUGAUCAAUAGUAAGCUGUUGGUUGCCAGCAAGAAAAAUAUCAAAGAACUACGACUACUUGGAGCAAUAUUUAAAUUUUUUCUAUAUUUGCUUAUCUAUAGAUGUCUAAAUGACUUGAAAUGUUCUCCAAGUAGAGAAUUAUAGUCGGACUAUCCUCUGUUUUUGUAAGGGCACUUCAGUUAGGCAUAGAGAAGGAGGGCUAUUACAGGAGGAGGACGAUUGUAAUAGCACUGCCAAGGUGGUAAAUGACAGAGCGUUCCUAACAGUACGGAUUUGGGUGUAAGCUAUGCGCAUGCUGAUCUGAACAAAAAGGCUCAGACUUUUUCCAAGAGUCUUUUGUUUUUGAUUUCUUAGUUUUCUAAGUAUGAUUUUUUAGUUUCUGCACGGAGCACUCAUGAAAUUUUUUCCAAGUACUGCAGAUUGUUCUGAUAUGUGCACCGACUAAGCCAAAUAUGCAGAGAGUCUAAAGCAUAAUUCGUAGCUUUACCGAUAUAGAUUUCUGUCGACAGAUAUAAUCUGCAGAUUUUGUAGCUCCUCAGGUGGAACAAUUAUCUAUGGCUUGUGUUCUUGGAGUUGAUAAGCCUCUAUAAUUUUCUUGUCUCUUCAACCUUUUAGCGUCCAUAUUUCGUUAAACAAACAAAAAUUUUGUUUCAUUUCCAUCCAAACAGCCAAAAGGAUUCUUUUUUUCUGGUAGAUCGAAGUGAAACAGUAACUGAAUCUGCGAAGAGUUUAGUAUUCCUAGCUAAACAGAAUCAACAUACUUGAAUGAAAUUUUGAUCCUUGAUUUCUUUACCAUAUAUUCAAUUUUUUUUUUCUUGUGCUUAUGCUUUUAUAUGUAAGUUGCUUCAUAGAUGAUGGACAUCUAUGACUUUUGUAUUCAUAAAAUUGCAGCUUUAUGCUCUAGCGCUGAGCAAUUUUUCUCUACCUUACAUAUAGUGAAGGCACAUGUCUUGGACGAUGGAAGAAUUUAAGUUGGAGAAAGAGACUUGUCUCGAGGAUGAGAAUAUAAGCAAUUGGCAGGAAAAUCAAGUGAACUCAGAUUCUGAUGCAAGCUUUGUGGAUUGUGAAAUGCCGGAACUUGCUAUUUUUGAGCUAGAGAGCGAAUACCAGAUUGUCAAAGACAUUUGCAUCGACAGGGAAAUUCCUUCCCCAGCUAGAUGUUCAGUGGAAAACUGUGAGUUGGAUCAUAGUAUCAUCUCCUGCUUGCUCAACUCUGACAUGGAAACAAAUGGUAAAUCAACAGAGAAAGCACUGACCAGAGUGUCGUCCAUUUCGAAUUCAUCAGAUUUUCUUUCUGAACACGUCAAGCAUUGUGAUUCCAACGAGGAUAGUACAUGUUCAAGAUUGCCAUUGGUCGCAGAAUUUUACGCACAUAUUUCCAAUUCAAAUGGAGAUAGAGUUGAACCAAAAUAUAACAAGGUUCCCAUUGAGGGGUCAAUCUCCACUGCUACAGAAUCUGAUCAGGUGGAGGCCGGAAGCAUCACUUAUGAUUGUGGUCCGUCCUUAAGCACAAUUAAUACUGGGAAUAAGGAAAUUCCUGGAAUUACAGAAGACCACAAGCAGUCAAGUUACGCUGCACCUGGUCCUGUUUUAGGUCCAAUAACGAAAUCCGGUAGCAUAUCUUUCCGGUCAAAUAGCUGCAAUAGCACUCGCUCCUUCACCUUUCCAGUCUUGGGAGUGGAACGACAGCCCUGAAAGAAUGGUGGAAGCAAAAAGAAAAGUCUUCAAGAAGCACAGACGCUGGAAAUCGGUUGUUUCUCUCUGUUGUAAAUUCUAACUGCCAUAUAAUCAAUCCUUCUUCUUUUCCUUCCUGUUUUCUCAAUACAUGUACACAAAUGAAUACGACCUAUAUCUCUAUAUAUAAUUACAUAUCAAUAUCUUGUACCGGCAACCUGGAAUUGUUGUGCACAUUGUAGAAGAAAUGCAUCUUUUGGCUUAAAUGGUCAUAAUUAAGUUGGCUCCA